AUGGCAUCUCCAGAUGAGCCACAGUCUCAAGAAAUCACUUCCGACCAUGCUAUGGCAGAUAGUGAUACCAUCAUUUCUGCAUGGAACCUUACUCGAGACCAGAGGCAGCAGCAGUCUCAGCCUCAGCCUCAGCCUCAGCCUCAGCCUCAGCGGGAGAAACAAUCGAAAACUCCCAGGCGAGUUUGCACAGCAUGUCGCCGUCGCAAAGUCGGCUGUGACAAGAAACAGCCGUGUCAGCACUGUAAAAAGUCGGGAAAUGACUGCGUCUACCCUUUGGACAAUAACAAUAGCACCGACGAGCAGCAGAUUUUCCGCGACACUCGAUUACUUGAGCAGCUCUACCGCUUGGAGCCAAUGUUCAAAACAUUGGCCAGUUGCGCCGAGCAAGGCACGCUGCCUGCUGUCGUUGGCUCUAUCCCGCCACACUCUACCAACAACAGCCAGUCGUCACCUACUCCUCCUACUCCUCCACACUCCGUCGGUUCUGGUAGCACAAAUAAUCGACCGGCAAACCGCCCCGAGGGUGACCAACAAACUACGACACAACAGAUUCCAAGCCCAAGCCCACUGGUCCAGCAGCAAUUGACAUCACAGAAUACCGACCUGACCGGUACUGGUACUGGGAGGCAGUCCAAUGCUAGCAAUGACAAACGCACGCCAGGUUCGAGUUGGUCGCCAUUUACGACAUCCACGGGCAAGCUGGUUAAAGAUGACGGCCGCCAACGAUAUGUGAGCGGCACGUUUUGGGAAUCUUUACACACUGAGAGUGAUGUGAAUGAGAUGGAAAUAGGUGAUAGUGAAGACGGAGUCGAAGAAGACGACGAUGAAGAUGAUGACGCUGAAGACGACGAUGAGCGCGACCAUGACCCUCCACGAUCUAGCUUUGGAUCACUACAAUACGCUUUCAUCUUCAACAGUAGUUGCAAGCAGAUGGCAUCAGACACUCUCCAUCCGCCCCAGUCGCACAGGUUUCACGCUUGGCAAUUAUUCAAGGAUAACGUGCACCCUCUUGCGACAAUCCUGCACAUACCUUCAACCGAAACCUUGGUUCUCGAAGCGAUUCAGAACCCUGUGAAUCUCGCGCCCCGUCUCGAGGCUCUCUUGUUCGUGAUAUACCUUGGCGCUGUCAACAGUCUCAGUCCUGAUAACUGUGAGCUGCAAUUCGGGUCACGGCAGUCUUCCCUGUUGCAAAGGUUCAGGCGAGGCGUAGACGGUGCUCUCGCGCGCUCGAGGCUGAUGGAGACGGACGACAUGCUCACACUGCAGACGUUUGUUGUCUUCUUGGUCAUCAUGCGAUCAAUUGACCCUGCAUACUCUUGGAACAUGACUGGACUAGCUGUUCGGCUCGCUCAGGCUCUCGGAAUGCAUCGUGAUGGCAGCAUCCUCAACCUCAACCCGUUUGAUGCCGAGAUGCGCCGCCGACUAUGGUGGGGUAUAUGUAUCCUGGAUACACCUGCUUCAGAGGAUUAUUCGGGCGCCACUGGUGUUUUGGAGCUGAGUAGUUUCGAAUCUCGGCCCCCUUCCAACGUCAAUGAUGCCGACCUCAGUCCAGAUAUGGCUGGAGAUCCAGUUGAGUCUCAGGACUUGACCGACAUGUCCUUCACUGCUGCUCGAUGCUGGGCCUCAAGUGUCUGGCGAACCAUGAUUGAUGUACGCCGUGUCGAUCCGGAUACUGGAAGGAGUUUCAGACCAAUGACGUUGGCAGAGAAGCAAAAUUGGAUAGAUAGAAAGUUGCUGGAGAUUAAUAGCCGAUUUUCUGGUGAUACUAACUCAAGGAAGUCGCUCCACCUUUUGGUGACUUCUUUUAUUGGUACUGUCAUCUCCAAUCUCCGUUUCUUAGCACUCAACCCACUCGGACCAGAAUCUCAUUUGGAUGAAGGCCAGAGAAAACGAGUAUUCCAGGAUGCAAUUGAAUGCAUGACACAUUCGUACCGACUGCGUACCGAUCCUUUAGUGGCACAGUAG